AUGUUUGCAGUGCGUGGCAGAAAAUUUCAAUGUGCUACUACAACUUGUUCACCAUUUGUUAAUACCGUUACUCCGACUAUUAUUAAAUGUGAAAUGACUUGUUUAGCUCAAGUUUAUUGUAGGGCAGCUAGUUUUCAUCAAUCAAAUUCUAAUUGUGAAUUAUUUACGGAUAUGUCAAAUGAAAUUGGAAAUAUGUUGACCGAUCUGGACAUUAUUACAACGAUUGUUAUUGCUGGAACUCGAUCUCCACCUGAACCGGCUACAACAACAACAUCAACAGCAACCACGUCGACAAUAACAACAACUAUUCGAGGUAAUGGUAAUUCAUAUACAAAGUCAUUUUAUUUCAAUAAUAAUCAUAUUAAAUCAAUUCCAUCGGAGAUUUCCCAAAUAAACAAUCUAUUUACAUUGAAUGUUGCUCAUAAUGAUUUAACCAAUAUCCCAAAAGAAUUAUUCGAUUCUAAAACACUUCGAAAUUUAGAUGUCACUCAUAAUUUAUUUCCAAGUACAAUAUUACAUGACAUUGAUGAUAAAUUCAAAGUCAAUAAAGCAACUUUCACAUAUUCUAUCUGA